AUGAAAAGCACAACUCCUAGAAGCGAACCGAGCCUAGAGAGCAAACAGUUAAAGAUCCUGAAGUCCAUACCAAGAGACUUUUCGGAAUAUGGCUCCCAAGAAACGCAGAACGACAUUGAGCGAAAAUACCUGUCUGAGGAAGGGGUCCCCGACAAUGAGAAGCCCAUGACCUACAAUAAGAUUUGGGAUCGACUGCAGUCUGACCAAGGGGCCACAUUUUGCGGUGAGCUUGCGGACAUGAGGUGUCGCAGUCGUAGCUCGUCUGUUCAUGACAAGAGUCAGUCAGUGCUAUUCGUCGCAGAACCUACGGUCAGUGUAGUGAUCCCUUUGCAAAAGAAGGUGACUUUCGAGGGCCUUCCGGAGGAUGACGAUGAGAAAGAGAACAAGCGUCGUCUGCUGUAUUGUUGA